UGAUUCGCGAAUGAAGCACCACUAGCAAACAAACAGUCUGUAACACCGGUGAGGAGAAUGAAAUGAGGAGAUCAGGUUUUUGACCCCUCCAUGGAAGAAGCCAGCGAUGAGGGGCUUUUACUCGAAGCUGGACUCCUCAUCUGUGGGCAUGGCUAUGCCCCUAAAUCUGGCCGUGGAGACGGAGAAAGCUCAGGCCCUUCUCCAGACCUUCAGCACUGCCUCUCUGUUAGCCAGCACAGGCCUGGGAGCAUUCUGUUUCCUCGCCGACCACUUUCUGACCCUGCCUUUCAUCCAACACCAUCUGUGGCUCAGGGCUGUGCUGGAUAACGCGGUCCACUGCGUCAUUGGACUCUGGUCCUGGGCAAUUGUGAUUGGGCUAAGGAAGAAAAGUGACUUCUAUGAAGUUGUCUUGGCUGGGGUCCUGGCCUCUAUCAUUGACCUGGAUCACUUCUACAUGGCUGGAUCAUUGUCUCUCAAAGCUGCAGUGAAUCUGCCCCACCGGCCUCCCCUGCACUGCUCCACCCUGAUCCCGGCACUGUGCUUCUCUCUGCGCAUCCUCAUGUGGGCGUGCCGGCUCAAAGACUCCUGGUGCUCUCUGCCCUGGAUGCUCUUCAUCUCGCUGGCCUCGCACCACAUCCGCGACGGAGUUCGUCACGGCCUCUGGGUCUGUCCAUUUGGAAACACAACGCCCAUCUCCUACUGGCUGUACGUCACCAUCACAGCCACUCUCCCUCACCUGUGCUCUGUGCUCAUGUAUCUGACCGGCACUAGAGACAUGAUCUCCACCAAACACGGAGUCGCCAUAGACGUCUGAUACACUUAAUUGUGGAUGUUUGUUUUUUUUCCCCCAGCAAAGUUUGUUGGAAACAUUUCAACUCAACUCUUCCUCGUCUAACAUACCAUAUAAACUAGCUUGUCAGGUAUUAGUCUGAAAUCAGGUUGUAUUGACUCUAACUGUGAAUAUUUAUUAUAUGUACUACGGUGUAUAUCAGAGCUGGGCGAUAUAGCUAAAAAUAGCAGAAUAGCUAUAUGGGCGAUUCUCACGAAACCUGUCAAGAAAAUGUCCUGGUCCUAUUUAACCCCAAAUCAAUUAUAAUAAAAAAUAUAUGAAAUUAUAUUUUGCAUAAAGAAAAUGAAGCCUACCAUUUAGAAUUUUUGUGCAUUGUGACAUUAUUUUCAAAACAACCCUCAUGACCCUAAUGUGUCUGGAUGUUUUAAAUGAGGAUUCUCAUUACAGCAACAUGGUCAUCUUAUACUGUUUUGCAGUAAAAAAGAUGCUGUUGUUCAAUGAUUUUUAAAAUUAAAAUAAGCAAAAUGAAAGGGAGUACAACUGUGAUGAAGAAAUAAUUUACAAUUUAAAAUAUAACAAAAAAUAAAAUAUAAAAUAAUGUUGUGGUUAUGAGGGUAUCGUAAUGACUACUGUUUCUUUUCUCACAUUACGAUAAUGAGAACUGGGGGGUAAAAUGUGCACAACAGUCAUGAAAAUAUCACAAUGUACAAAAAUCUUAAUGGCCCUAAAAAAAAAUAAAAAGCUUCAUUUUCCGUAUGCAAAAUAAAGACUUCUUAUUUGUUCCUUUUGAUUUUGUAGUAAAAUAGGAUCAGGACAUUAUCUUGACGUGUUUCAUAAGAAUCAUACAUAUAGCUAAAAAUAUAUAUUUUUUCAGCAUUUUUUCUUGAUAUUUGCUCUGAAAUUUUCAAUCGGAUGUUAGAAAACGGUCAUUGUUGGCAAUUAAAAUAAAAAUGUUUAAUGUAAAAAAAUAGUGUAACAUUUAGUUUAAAAUAACCAGGCAAGUUUCCAUCAUGUUUUUCACAAAAUGCACAUAAGGAAGAAUUAUAUUUCAUCAUUUUCAUUUAAAUGCACCAAUAUAACCAUACAAACUAAUAAACAGCUGCACGCAACAAUGAGCCAAAACAGUAUGACCACCUGCCUAACAUGCUGUUGGUCCUCCAUGUGCCACCAAAAGAGUGCCGACCCGCCAAGGCAUGGACUCUACAAGACCCCUGAAGGUGUCCUGUGGUAUCUGGCACCAAGACAUUAGCAGCAGAUCCUUCAAGUCCUGUAAGUUGCGAGGUGGAGCCGCCGUGGAUCGGACUUGUUGGUCCAGCACAUCCCACAGAUGUUCAAUCGGAUUGAGAUCUGGGGAAUUUAGAGGCCAGGGCAACACCUUGAACUCUUCAUCAUGUUCCUCAAACCAUUCCCGAACAAUGUGUGCAGUGUGGCAGGGCGCAUUAUCCUGCUGAAAGAGGCCACUGCCAUCAGGGAAUACCAUUGCCAUGAAGGGGUGUACCUGGCCUGCAACGAUGUAUAGGUAGGUGGCACGUGUCAAAUUGACGUCCACAUGAAUGGCCGGACCCAGGGUUUCCCAGAAGAACAUUGCCCAGAGCAUCACACUCCCUCCACCGGCUUGUCGUCUUCCCACAGUGCAUCCUGAUGCCAUCACUUCCCCAGGUAAACAGCACACACGUACACGGCCGUCCACGUGAUGUAAAAGAAAGCAGGAUUUAUCAGACCAGGCGACCUUCCACUGCUCCAAGUUCCAGUUCCGACUCUUGCGUGCCCAUUGUUCCUGCUUUUAACAGUGGACAGGGGUCAUCAUGGGCACUCUGACCAGUCUGCGGCUACGCAGCCCCAUACGCAGCAGCGUGCGAUGCACUGUGUGUUGUAACACAUUCCUCCCGUAACCAUCAUUAAAAUUUUCUGUGACUUGUGCCACAGUAGACCUUCUGUCGGUUCGGACCAGACGGGAUAGCCUUUGUUGCCCUUGCGCAUCGAUGAGCCUUGGAUGCCCAACACUCUGUCGCCGAUUUGUUGUUUGUCCCUCCUCGGACCACUGUCGGUGGGUACUCAUCACUGCUGACCGGGAGCACCCCACAAGUCUUGCCGUUUCAGAGAUGGUCUGACCCAGUCAUCUGGCCAUAACAUUUUGGCCCUUGUCAAAAAGUGCUUUGAAAUCAUUGCGAAAUUCACAUGGCUUAAUUUUACAUGGCCACUAAAAUCAUAGAGAAUUUUCUGAAGCGACCAGCCCUAGUGUAGAUGGUCAGGAAUCAAUAUUCUUAUUCACCAAUGUGUUGUCAUAUUUAGCUUAGUAGUAUACACUUGUCUACUCAAAUCAUGCCAUUUUAUUGCAUAGAAACAAUGUUAGAUUUAUACUAUGAUGUGUCAUGAUGUCCACGAAUAGAAAUGCAGAAUGGAUGGAUAUUGAUGGCUUUUGUGCUUGUGAGCGGUGAUGCUGUAUUGUAUAUAUGCAGUAUAAAAUCAAUGUGUACUUGGAGGAUGUUGUUCUCACAUUGGUGUUGUGGUGUUUUUUUAGGCAGUAGAAGAAAAUUAGUUGUUCACCAUAGAAAAGUCCUUGUGGAUUCAUAUUACAUUUUACAACACAAAGCUAUUUUUAAUGUCACACUACUACAGGUUUCUGCUGCUUUUUUAGCUGCAAGCUUUGGAAUAAUUGUAUGUAUGAAUUAACCAUUUCUCUUUUAUUUAUAAACCACUUAUUAGAACUUUAAAAUGGACAAAUGACACUUCUACUAUUAAAUGUCUUUGUAUACACACUGCAGUAUAACAGCUCAUUGUACUUUUUGCUCUUGACACCAUAUAAAUCAACCAAGGGUUAUUUGUAUUUGUUUAUUUUUCCUUUACCUUUUAUUCUGUUGUGUUGUGUGUCAUCAAAAUUGGUCUAAUACUUUAAGGGAAAUUGAUUAUACUGUGUACAGUAAGUACAAGCCAUGUUGCUUGAAAGCAGCCCAAAAACUGUUUUUAAAGACUGCAGUUGGGCUACAGUUUAUGGAAUAAAUGUUCAUCCUGCCUUUUUUUUUAAUUUUUUUUUUUUUUAUAAAAGGUUGAAUCGAAUCUGACAUUGUUAAAUAUUAGUGUUUACAGUACAUGCAUAGUAACUUGUGGGCGUUAUGUAUAUGUAUUUUCAACAGUUGUUAUUGGGCCUGUAGUUUUAGACAAGCUUAAUUUAUUAAACAUGAUCAUGAAGCACAUUAAAUAGCACCAUCAAAUGGGCAAUAUUGGCUCCAAAAAUGUGUGAAGACUUGUCUGUAUGGCUGUAGAUGCACAAAAUGUGCUUAUGUUGAUAAGUAUGCAUUUAUUCACCUUAAAUGUUUCUUUUUUUUUUUUUUUUUUUUGGUUCCAUUAAGGAAGUCUACUUGGUCUGAAAGUUUAAUGCUUCAAUUUAUUGUCAUUGCCUUUUCAGACCUGCAGGGGGAGCAGUAGACCACAGCUGAUGUUUUAUUUUUAUACAGUAAAUCUUCAUAUAUACAUUCUAUUAUUCAACCUAUUUAUUUAUUUAUUUUUGUUAACUAUGUAAUUGGUGUUCAUAUUUAUUUAUUAUGCUUUUUGCACAUUUUAAUUUAAAAUUGUCAAUGUUGUGUUGUCAAUGAUGCAUUGUCAUGAUAUGAGUUUUUUAUUUCUGAAAAUUGUCUCCAAUUACAUUAAAGCGCAUAUGGCCCCCUCA